UCGGAUUGAGAUAAAGAGCAUCAUUUCCUGCCAGUCGGUUUAUAAUACAUCAUCAGCUUACUGCACUGCUAUUUUUAAUUAAAAUGAAGUUGACUCCUGCAUUGGUGAUUUUUGCAAUCUUGGCGCUUCCAUGGGCAGAAUGUAUCAGUCUUUGCCCGCAAAUCUGGGGCAAAGUUCCGUUUGAUGCUUCAAAAUUUGCUGGCGAUUGGUAUGUGUUGGCGUACAAAGGUGACCCAGCGCUGCCGGAGAAAAAGUGCGCCAAAAUCAAGGUUGAGGUUGGCCAGCAGGAUGGAAGGACAACGAUUGUGUAUAAAUUUCACUACCAACAGGCCGACGGAGAUAAAACCGCAGAGUUCUUCACUCAGGCGCUGCGACCAACAGAUCCGUCAACCGGAUUUGGUGUUUUCGUAAAGACCAACUAUUGGGAAAGUCUAACAAAAACCGGUAUUGUGGCAACAGACUAUGAAAAUUUUGCCCUGGUCAUGGCCUGCGGGCCUUUGUUUGACAUUCAGCGUCGAUCUUUCGGCCGCCAGAUUUACGCCAACAUUCUCGGUCGUGGCGUAGACUCAAUUCCCCCAGCAACAAUGACUGCCCUCAAGAACGUUCUCAGCAGCUACGACAUCGACUUGGACACCCUCAGACACGUGGACAACUCGUCUUGCUGAGAUGAAUGUCUUUUUAUUUUUAAUUAAUCUUGUCAAAUUGGAAUUCCAACACUCAAGGUGUCAUGAAAAUUAAAUUGAAACCGAGCGAACCUUGUUGCAUUAAAACAAAAAACAACAGCAAAAAAAAAAAGAAAAAGUUGAAAAAUGUUUUUUCCAAAUUAUCAGCAGACCGCAGGUCGCCUUUUGGGGUCAGUUGUCCGUUGUCCUUAAAUUUUUUAUCGUUGCAACGAAGUUCACCUGGUUUAAUUUUCGUUGUUUUGUCAAAGUCCACUUAUUUUCGUAUUUAAUGUUACGACCUCGCGUGCUUUAUCUUCACCUGGCGACCCUUUUCAAGUUUUCUUCCUACCGCCUGCGCGCUCUUAAAUUUUGAUAAGAAAAAGUAGCGUUCUUUAUAUAAAUACAAUGUGGCCAAUUUUUCCCCACACUUUGGACGGAAACCUCAACGAUGGCGGUCUUCUUGUGCGCGGUGUUAACUUUGAUUUGUUUCCACUCAGCAAAAUCCACUGAAAUAAUUCAGGAUCUGAGUUCGCAGUCUGUAAAAUGGACUUUCGAGAGUCAAAAUAAAAGUAAGUUGUGCAGUGAAAACGAAAAAUUAGUUCUAUUUUAUUGUUUUAAUUCAGCGGUGUCUGGUGAAGCGAUUGUACCGGGCGGAAUUUUCAAUGAUUUGCAAAAGGAGGGAGUUUUAGGGGAUGAGCUUUUUUACAGAUUUGGAGACACGGAAAACCGAUGGGUCAGCAGGGAUAAUUGGACUUUUCACACAGAAUUUAAUACAUCUGAAGACAUUCUGAAAAGUGCGAAAACAAAUUUGGUUUUUGACGGAAUCAAUUCUGUAGCGGAUGUGUUUUUUAACGGGAAAAAACUAUGCGGGUGCAAAAACAUGUUCACCAGAUUUGUGUUUCCAAUAACUGAUAUUUUGAAGAAGGAUGGCUCAGUCAAUCAACUCAUGGUCAAAUUCCAAUCGACCAUUGCAUACGCCGCACAGCAGUACAACAAAACUCCGACAAAGCCCUCGUGCGUGCCCCCUUAUUUCCACGGAGAAUGCCACGUGAACAUGGUCAGGACCAUGCAGGCCUCCUUUGGAUGGGACUGGGGACCAGCCCUGCCCUCGCAAGGCCUUUGGAAAACAGUUUAUUUGGAAGGAGUGACAUCGGUGGCCAUCCAGGAUGUUAAGUGUUUGAUUUCUUUGGAGGCAAAGGAGGAAUUUUGGAAGGUUGACGUGACCGCGUUUCUGGACGUGAGCGAAAGGGGCCCCGAAACAGUUGACGUGGUUGUUUCGUUAGUUGCCAAGGAUGGGAAAAAAGUGGUGUCUGAAAGCAAUAAAGUUACCAUCGAAGGAGGAGAUGAGCCAAAUGUUAAAACUGUGCUCUCCGUACCAAUAGAAUUGGUAGACAUGUGGUGGCCAAAUGGAAUGAACAAAAGCCAGCCACUUUACGAAAUUUCCAUUGCUCUGAAAAAUGCAGAUGAAAUUCUGGUAGAAAAGAAAACACGCAUCGGCUUCCGAACCAUAGAACUUAUCCAAGUUCCGGUUGUGCGAGAAGAUCCUGAAAAAGGUCUAACGUUUUACUUUGAGGUCAACGGCAGGCCGAUUUUCGCAAAGGGUUCUAAUUACAUCCCUAGCCACGUUUUGCCGGAAAAAGGUACCGAUCCAAAGGUGGCUGAGCAUCUCUUGCGCUCUUCAGCCGAGGCGGGAUUCAAUAUGUUGCGAGUGUGGGGCGGUGGGGUUUACGAAACCGACUUUUUCUAUGACUUGUGCGACGAGUUGGGAAUCAUGAUCUGGCAGGACUUCAUGUUCGCCAAUUCUUUGUACCCAGUGGACGAGGAAUUCUUAAGCGAGGUCACUCGAGAAGUGAAAGGAACCGUCAGGCGCCUUCAGCACCACCCUAGCCUUGCACUCUGGGCAGGAAACAAUGAAAUGGAAGGCGCUGUUCAAGAUAGCUGGUGGGACUCAAGUGAAAACGCAAAAGAGAAUUACAAAAAGCUAUUUGGGCACGUGAUUCGCGAUUUGGUGAUGGAAGAGGAUCCGUUAACUCCUUUCGUCGUGUCCAGUCCUACUAACGGUCUAAAAACAGACGAAGAUGGAUUCCUUCCUGAAAAAAUCACAGCGUGGAGCGGAAUAUAUGGAGACACUCACGUCUAUCAAUAUUCUUCCUCCGUUGAUUUGACUAACUCGAGCAUGUACACGAUCGCUCGGUUUGUUUCCGAAUACGGCUACCAAUCUUUCCCGUUUCUGCGAACUUUGCAAAAAGUGACCGAGAAGGAAGAUUUGUCGAAUUUCGACAGCGCAUUUCUCAACACCAGGCAACACCAAAGUGGAGGCACAAAUAGAGUUUUCUCCCAAACUGCAACGAUUCUCAUGCCGCACAACCAGAACUCUGAAUAUAAGAAACCGGAACAUUUCGAGAAAUUCGUCUUCCUCACGCAGCUAUCUCAAGCAAUCGGUACAGGCGUCGAGGCUCUAAAACACCGAAGGUUGAGGAAUUUCUUCAAUCCUAAAACCGGAAUAGGACGAACCAUGGGUUCCAUGUAUUGGCAACUAAAUGAUAUUUGGGCUGCACCUUCUUGGGGUGGAAUUGAUCACGAAGGAACGUGGAAAAUGCUGCACUACCACAUGGCGCACAUUUUUGCCCCAGUUGCAAUUUCUGUAGACCACGAAAAGUACGCAGAUCACUUGAUUAUUUACGCGAUUUCUGAUCUGCUUGAGGAUUUGCACAACGUCCAACUGGAGUUGAAUGGUUACAAGUGGGGACAAUUAGAGCCCGUCAAAACCAGAGUAGUCAAAAUUGAAACAAUGCAAAACUUAAGUGCUGCGGCCGUAUUGGAGGGAGGUGUGAGAAAUCUGCUAGAAAUGGAUCCAAUCAAGGACACUGUAAUCACGCGUGAUCUGUUUUUAACGAUCCAGUUGAAAGACGAAGAGGGAAAAGAUCUAACUGGGCCUUAUUUCCACCCCGUAUAUAAAUUAAAUGAAAUUAACUUCCAAACAAAACCGACAUUAAAGAUUGAGAAAGUAGUCAAAAGUGAAACAGCUAAAGAAGACUAUUCAUCACAUUAUCUGGCAGUUUUUGAUAUUGAAAUCACCACUGACGAACCGACCCCCUACGUUUGGCUGGACGCCGGAGACGUUAGGGGACGGUUUUCGGACAAUGGCUUCAUCCUAGCCCAGUCUGAAAAAACAAUCCAGUUUUUCGCUUUGCAGGACUUGGACGAAAAACAUCUUUGGGACACUUUAAGCAUCUAUUCUUACUUCCAUGCUAUACAAUUGGAUUAAUAAUUAAUUGGCAGCUUUAAUAAUUUGAAAAGAGUAAAUUUCAAUCAGAUCAGCACAAAUAAAUAUAUCAAUCAAUUGGAUUAAAGAUUU